AAGACGCGCGUGGUGCGUCCCGCGUAGAUCUGAACUGAUGCUUGUAGGCGCGUGAGUGUGCGCGCGUGUGUGGGAGUGGGCGUGUGCAUCAGUGGGGCCAAACUCAGACCUUUGGAAUACAUGAACAACAUCAGAAUCUGGAUAUUUACAUGAAUCAGCAAUGCCCUGUGUACAAACGCAGCAUGUAACCCUGACCCGUGACACCCACUUAAUCUUCUUAAACUCUGAUCUCGAUGCCAAACCGGUGAUGGAGAUCGGUGGCCAGAAGGAGCAGCUGUCUACAUCCUUGUUACCCAGCAUCAAUACCUUAGUGGGAAGUGGCUACAUAGGAGAGUUUGAUGCGUUUUCCUGCAAGAUUCCCGCCUCGCCUUCCACAUCUACAGUUUCAUUCGGCCACACCUCAGUCGCUGAAAUUACAGACUGCCAGAUGCAGAACCAAGCCUACAAGCUGGAUGACCUCCAAGUGUAUGGCUGUUGCCCAGGCUCAUUUACACUCAGCUACCUUGAUGAGACAAUGUCAUCAUGCGGCUCCGACUACUACGGCAGUCCAGGGUACCCCGCCGCCUCCCCUACAACGACAGGCUUUCAGACACUGUGUGGACCUGUGUGGGAUUCCCCUUUCAGCCCCUACAAUCCAGCCCCCACGGCUGAUAAGCAGUCCUCUUUUUUCCCCUUCAGCUCCACACCGGAACAGCACUCUCCCGUGUUGCCCCACCAGGAUGCUCAGCUCGGUCAGGACGAGCCCUUCUUCAUGUCCCCUCAGCAGCACGUGUCUUCACUGCAUUGCCCCAUUAUGUCCAUGGAGCACGGCGCCAGGCUUGCAGAGGGGUCUUCCAAAAUCCACAACCCAGGUUUGAGCGAGGGCCGCUGUGCCGUGUGCGGAGAUAAUGCUUCCUGUCAGCACUAUGGCGUCCGCACCUGUGAAGGCUGCAAAGGUUUCUUCAAACGAACUGUGCAGAAAAAUGCAAAGUAUGUUUGCCUGGCCAAUAAAGACUGUCCAGUGGACAAGAGGAGGAGGAACCGCUGCCAGUUUUGCCGUUUCCAGAAAUGUCUUACAGUGGGAAUGGUCAAAGAAGUUGUUCGAACAGACAGCCUGAAGGGUCGCCGAGGUCGUCUACCAUCCAAACCGAAGACGGCAGCUGAAGCUUCUUCCACCACUUCCACUGUCAACAUCAUUUCCUCGCUAGUGCGAGCACAUUUAGACUCCAACCCAACCAUUGGCAAGCUUGACUACUCCAAGUACCAGGAGACAGUGGACAAUGUAUCAGAGAAGGAGGAUGCCGAUGACAUCCAGCAGUUCUAUGACCUACUGACCGGAUCAUUGGAGGUAAUAAAAACCUGGGCUGAAGCCAUCCCAGGGUUCUCUGACUUCUGCAAAGAGGACCAGCAGCUACUUCUUGAGUCUGCCUUUGUUGAGCUGUUCAUCCUACGCCUGGCAUACAGGUCAAAUCCAGAGAAGCACAAACUGAUCUUCUGUAACGGCAUGGUCCUCCACCGACUGCAGUGUGUUCGUAGUUUUGGGGACUGGAUCGACUCCAUCAUGGAUUUUUCCCAGAGCCUUCACCGAAUGAGCUUAGAUGUCUCCCUGUUUGCGUGCCUUUCAGCACUCGUCAUCAUCACUGAUCGCCACGGCCUCAAAGAACCCAAACGUGUUGAAGACUUCCAGAGCAAUCUCAUCUCUUCUUUAAGGGAACACGUGAGUGGAAACAGAUCGGAAACAAGUCGAACCCAGCCCAACUAUCUCUCUCGGCUUCUGGGUAAGCUCCCCGAGCUGAGGACUCUUUGCACACAGGGGCUGCAGCGCAUCUUCUACCUAAAACUGGAGAACCUUGUCCCUCCUCCACCUAUCGUGGAUAAAAUCUUUAUGGAUAUCUUACCAUUCUGAAUACAAAUGAACACAAAAGGAGAAAAAAUGCACCUUAUAUGAUUUUUGUGGUUUUGCUGGUGCUAAAAAGCACUUUACUUGUCACCUAAUAAUGGGUACCCCUACACAGCAGCUAUCUUUAAACAUGCAUGCGGAAUCUUUAAAGAUUGGCACCCCAUGGAACCACUCGAGGUGUAACAUCGCACUAAGCACUCCGAUGAUGAUGUCUACUGAGAUGUCUUCAUGUUACAUUACGUACAAUAUGUGCUUGGGUAUUACAAAGAUGGCUGAACUGACAUUAGUGAUCAUAUAUUUGGAGAGUGCAUUUGUUGAAAGGAAUUUAUUGGUGUGCUAAAUGUGUAAAUGUUACAAUGCUAUGCAACUAAAAACAUUUUUGGCAAUGCAGUGUUAAAUGAUGGUAGCUAAACCUGAAAAAAUAAAAUCUCUUAAGUAGUUUGUUGUCUAUUGGUCCCACUGAGAACAGAGACACUUGCGGACAAGGGUCACGUGUUGUAAUAUAUAAAAUGGACAUUGUGCCCCAGUGUUUUAUAAGGGAGACACAACAAUAGUUGCGGAAGGGCCAAAGUUUACACCUGUUUUGAUAAAACAGCAUACAGUAGUUUAUUUGUGGUUCUUAUGGCCUUAAAUUCAAGAAAAUGUUCUGCCAUUACUCUCGUGUUGCCGUUUUUAACACCUUUUAAAAGGUGAUGCUGGCAGCCUUCCAGUUGACACGCACACAAACGCAUUUGUUGAUAUGUGUAGUGAAUACAAAGGUGCCUUUGCAAAAACAACCCUUUUGGUAAACUCAUGUGACUCUAUGUCAAUGUCAUUCCUAAUAUCAUAAAACAAGACAGUAAUAAAUUUUAAUUCACCCAUCAUUGAAAAAGCUUUUGCCAUAAAGUGCCUGAAGCAUAUGAGUCAAUAUACUGAACCUGUAGUUGUACAAAGAGUAUAUGAUGCGUGAGCAUUGCACGGAGUGAGUGUAUCAAGUAAUGAAAUGUCUACAAAUGAAUCAAUUGUUCAACAGCAUAUUUGAAGCCAUUUUAUAAUUUGAAUGUGAGGAUCAUGCAUAUUACUGACUUCUUGUUCUUAAAAUGAAUGCUGACUUAUGUUACUUUGUCUGAUAAUGUCUGUCACAUUCUUCUGUUACGUGUUUCCUUCAUUUUAAUUGACCCUUGAAGUGAACCAUGCAAAUAUCUUGAAAACUGUCAACGGAAUGUUAGGAGAAACUGUCUAAAGCUAAGACCUCUACAAACAAUGUUCAACCCAAUGAGAUACAAUAGACUUCAUUCUCCAGUUAUGAUGCAGAAGUGUUCACAAAGGGAGUAUAUUUGAUAAUAAAUUCUUAAAAUGUCAUACCAAGUGCUUUCAUUUUGAGGUUUAAAUGUAAAAUGAAUAUCCGCGACAUCUACAGUACAUCUACCGUAUCUCUAAAGGUGCAUUCUCCUCAAGAAAAUGCCGUUUCCAAUUUGACAAUGAGAGGUUGUAAUUACAGUAUAUUCAUGGUACCGGUAUGUUUGCAAUUUUCCUGUAUGAAAAAUAAAUAAAUAAAUUAUAUAUACUGUGUAUAUAUAUAUAUAUAUAUAUAUAUAUAUAUAUAUAUAUAGGUGAGACCGAGGCUUGUCACAUGGAUCACAUUGCAAAUAUCUUCUCCACCAGAGGUUGCAACUAAAAAGUAGAAUACUAGUUUUCUUCCUUUACA